UUCAAAAUCGGCAUCGCGCUAGUGGUGGUUGUUGUGCCCGCGCGUUCUCUAAGCAAUUCCUUUCCUGGAAAUUUAAGGGUGGUCGUUAUUUCUAUUCGUUCCGCACGACACGAAAAUAAAGUUAACCAAAAGUAUUAAAAGUGUAGCAGUUUGAAUAAGUGUCAAUCUAUUAAAAGCAAUAAAUUUUUCCGAAAGUUAACAUCGAAAAAAGCAAUUCGAGGAAGCAAAAAUGUUUUCACGACCAAGUCUGUGUGGAACUUUUGGGAAAUUGUGCCGCUGCGGCACUUCCACAACUGCAGCAGCAGCAGCAGCAGGAACAACCACAUCGCCGGCUGUCUCGGCUCUGGCAUUGUGCGAGGCCCGUCGGUAUCAUGAGGUGGUGGGCGACAUCAUCUGCCCAUCGCAGGUGCGAGGCAUCGAUCACAUCCGUGAUCCGCGUCUGAACAAGGGUCUGGCGUUUACUCUGGAAGAACGCCAAGUUCUGGGCAUCCAUGGCCUGCAGCCGGCGCGCUUCAAGACGCAGGAAGAGCAGCUACAGCUGUGCAAAAUCGCCGUGAAUCGCUACACAGAGCCGCUCAACAAGUAUCUGUAUCUCAGCGAUCUGCACGAUCGUAACGAGCGGCUCUUCUUCCGCUUCCUUUCCGAGAACAUUGAGGAUCUAAUGCCAAUUGUGUAUACGCCCACCGUGGGCCUGGCCUGCCAGCGCUUCGGACUGAUCUAUAGGCGUCCCCACGGCCUGUUUGUCACCUUCAAUGAUCGCGGGCACAUCUUCGAUGUGAUGAAGAACUGGCCGGAGCCAAACGUGCGUGCCAUUUGCGUGACCGAUGGCGAGCGCAUCCUUGGCCUGGGAGAUCUUGGUGCCUGCGGCAUGGGCAUUCCCGUGGGCAAGCUGGCCUUAUACACGGCCCUCGCUGGCAUCAAGCCGCACCAGUGCCUCCCCAUUGUGGUUGAUGUGGGCACCAACAACAUCGACUUGCUGGAGGAUCCCCUGUAUGUGGGUCUGCGCCAGAAGCGUGUGGUCGGACGCGAGUACGACGACUUCAUCGAUGAGUUCAUGGAGGCGGUGGUGAAGCGCUACGGGCAGAACACCCUCAUCCAGUUCGAGGACUUUGGCAAUCACAAUGCAUUUAGGUUCCUGGACAAAUACCGCAACAACUACUGCACCUUCAACGACGAUAUCCAGGGCACAGCCGCCGUGGCUGUGGCUGGAUUGUAUGCCUCCAAGCGCAUCACCGGCAAGUCCUUCAAGGACUACACCUUCCUGUUUGCCGGCGCCGGUGAGGCUGCCAUCGGUAUUGCCGAUCUAGUCGUCAAGGCCAUGGUGGCCGAGGGCGUGCCCAUCGAAGAGGCUUACCAUAAGAUCUACAUGGUAGAUAUUGACGGUCUGCUGACCACCACCCGCAAAGUGGGCAACCUGGAGGGUCAUAAAGUGAACUAUGCCAAGGACAUUGAACCCAUGGCGGAUCUCGAGCAGAUAGUAUCGGCCAUUAAGCCAAAUGUGCUCGUUGGCGCAUCGGCCUGUCCCGGCCUGUUUACGCCCAAGAUCCUACGCACCAUGGCGGACCACAACGAUAGGCCCGUGAUAUUCGCCCUCUCCAAUCCCACCAGCAAGGCGGAAUGCACCGCCGACGAGGCAUACCAUAACACGGAUGCUCGCGUGAUCUUCUCGUCGGGCUCGCCCUUCCCACCGGUCAAAGUGGGCGAUAAGACGUACUAUCCGGGCCAGGGCAACAAUGCUUAUAUAUUCCCGGGCGUCGGUCUGGGCGUUAUCUGCACGGGCACGCAUCACAUACCCGAUGACAUGUUCCUGAUUGCCGCCCAGGAGUUGGCCAACUUUACGGAGUCCAGCGACAUUGAGCGCGGCUCCCUGUACCCGCCGCUGGAGAACAUCCGUGAUGUGUCCAUGAACAUUGCCAUUGGUGUGACCAAGUGUGCCUACGACAAGGGUCUGGCAUCCACCUAUCCGGAGCCGCAGGACAAGCGCAAGUGGCUGGAGGAUCAGCUGUAUAAUUUCAACUAUGAGUGCUCGAUGCCCGUGACCUGGACCUGGCCGCGCAUGCCCUACAUUAAGACUCGCGAAGAAAGCCCGCUCAUUGCCGCCAUCAAAUAAGCAAGCGUUCAAGUUCAAGCGUGUUGGCACUACCUACUCUAUGUUUUUGCAUCUCCUAAUCCACUUCUACUACUACUACUCGUACUUCCAAGCGUUCGUUCACCAUCCAGCACCAAAUCAAACCAAACCAAACCCAACCAAUCAAGCAAUCAACCAAUCUACUAACCAAAAGCUACUACAUCUAGAACACACAAAAAAUUUCAACUGCUAUUCUAUAUAUAUGUUCUGCGAUUGAUUCGUUUGCCUCCGUUUGCCAACCAACCAGCCACCGUUAUGGUUCUACGGUUCUAUCACUACGGCUGCUCCCCAUUUGGUGACCCCCGCCCGACGAGAGCACUCUUUGUUAAUAAUAUCGCACCUGCUAAAACGAAAGAAAGCGUUGAGUCAUAUUACAAGUAGAAAUUCGAGCGACGGUCGCAACGGAAUAAUCGUUAUAUGUGUUUUUCAAUGUUUCUUAUAUAUAAUAGUAUUAUAUAUGUAUGUUAUGAUAUAGUUUUUAGUUUUGUAUAAAUUACAAUGUUUAUUGUUUUGUGAUCGAUAACAAUGACUGCGACGAUGACGAUGACUAUUACGUUGACGGUGACUCUGAAAAAUGCAGUAUUCCUAUUCUAUUAAUUCUACUACUAAAUGUAUUUGCUAUGUGCUAUGCUUUUGAUUUGCUAAUCCUAACCGCAAUACUCUUUCUCUCUCUCUCGGCUUUCGCUUGCCCUUUGAAUGUCCCGCUCUCCCUCUCUCUCUUGCUGAUCUGUUACUAACUCUGAAGGCGGCAUCAAGCGAACAGCUACUUAUAUAUAUAUAUCAAAUAUUUAUAUCAAAACCACUGCUUACUCAUAACAAUCUCACCCACAACUAAUAACUGAGAGAUUCGACAAUUGUUUGAUUGAUCUAUUGCUAUGUUUCCCUUUCGUUGCCAUACAGAAAGCGAAGAGAUUCUAUAAAUUAUACAACCAAACCCCCAAGCAAGCAAUGAACCAACCAACCCACUACCAACACGACCGCCUAGAACAAUUGGCCAAACAGACAGCAAGCUAAACAGCUCCGAGAACUGGUGAGAGCACAAGCCCCCUAAAAAGACCCCAAAAAGUAAAGCAACUAAUUUGCAGCUGUUAAUAUCCGUUUAGAACACCCAACUAAGAUAUAGAGACUAUGAUUCGUGUUUUGUUUAGUUGUCCCACGUGUAUCCUGUGUGGGAUAUCCGUGCGGGCAUACAUAUAUCGAUUAUGUUUGUUGUUGAGCCAUGUCUGAUAUUUAUUAACGCAGUUAAGCAGCUUUUGUUAUAAUUUAUUGUUACACAAGGUCAGCCUAAAUGUACUACUACUCGUACUAUCAAUGAUAUAAUAUAGAGAAACCCCCAUCCCCCAAUCGAUCGGACCGAUUCAGCCACUGUACAAUUGACUAGAUUUGAUGAUGUGCUAUAAACAAUAAAAAUUAAACAACAGAAAUCAA